UGGCGGCGAUGGCGUAAACAGCGGGCCGCGCACCCUAUCUGGACCAGGGAGGACCUGCUGUAGUGAGGCAGGGGGUCUAGGGGUAAACUGCGGCCGCGGAGAGUGACCUGUGGCCUUGUGUUUCAGGGACGGAGGCUCCGAGCUGGACGGGCGUCGCUCUGAGAGUUCUCUGCCCAGGAUGACUUCAGUGACUAGAUCAGAGAUCGUAGAAGAAGAGGAACCAAUGAUGUCUAAGACUCAUGAUCAUCAAUUGGAAUCAAGUCUCAACCCUGUGGAAGUGUUUACUAAAUCAUCUGCCUCCAUGGAGAUGACUAAAGGCAUUUCAAAGGAAACAAUUUACCUUGGCUCUAGCCCUAAGAAAGGGGGAAGUUUUGAUCUUAACCAUCAGGAACGACUUCAAUUGAAGUGCCUUCAUUUGUCCCCGCAAGAAAGAUCUGCCCAUCAAGACAGGAGGCAAUCCUGGCGGCGAGCAAGUAUGAAAGAAACAAACCGGCGGAAGUCACUGCCUCCCAUUCACCAGGGCAUCACAGAGCUCAGCAGGUCCAUCAGUGUCAACUUAGCAGAAAGCAAGCGACUUGGCUCUCUCCUGCUUUCCAGUUUCCAGUUUUCUGUUCAGAAACUUGAACCUUUCCUGAGGGACACUAAGGGCUUCAGUCUUGAAAGUUUUAGAGCCAAAGCUUCUUCUGUUUCUGAAGAAUUGAAAGAUUUUGCAGACAGACUGGAAAGUGAUGGAACUCUACAAAAAUGUUUUGAAGAUUCAAAAGGAAAAGCAUCAGAUUUGUCUCUAGAAUCAUCAGUGGCUGAGAUGAAGGAACUCAUAACAAAGUUUUCUUUAGAACGUCAGACUUGGGAUAAGCUCUUGCUGCAGUACCAGAAGGAGGCUGAAGAGAUAUUCAGAGGAUCAACUGAAACCAAAAUUACUGAAGUCACAGUGGAACCUACAACAUAUCUUAGGUCUUCCCAGAGUGAAGUUCUUAAUACAAAGCCUGACUACCAGAAAAUAUUACAGAAUCAGAGCAAAGUCUUUGAUUACAUGGAGUUGGUGAUGGAUGAGCUACAAGGAUCAGUGAAGCAGCUGCAGGCUUUUAUGGAUGAAAGUACCCAGUCCUUCCAGAAGGUGUCAGUACAUCUUGGCAAGAGAAGUACACAACAAUUAGAUCCCUCACCGGCUCGAAAACUGCUCAGGCUUCAUCUACAGAAUCCCCCUACCACACAUGGCUCUGGAUCUUGCCAGUGACCUCAUGCAACUUUUUUGCCACAAGGCACUCAAGAGGAGAGGAAUGGGAAGAGUGCCCUAGUGUGUGAUGACUGCAUGGCAGUCUGAGCUGGAGAUUUCUUCCCCCUGUUGCCUUUGAGGAUAACUGGCUGACUGUAGAGCACUUGAUUUGUUCUAAAAGUGGUUGAAUUUAUGCAUCCAAAAGACAUUGUACAGACACUUUUUCUAGGAAUGUGUAAAAUGUUUGAAACUUCUUUUUUUGAAAUGACCUUCAGAACCAGUGGUCCAGUCUGUUAAAUAUCUUUCAUGGUCAGAAAUCUUUAUCUUGUGGGGAUGUUUUCCAGGUUUUGAAACAACCCAAAGUUAUUUAGGACCAAAUCUAAUGGAACAUUUUAGGGGCCAAGUUGGGUUCUGGGUUGUAAAGGAAUAAGACUGAUUUUCUAGUGUAGCUCAGCUGAUUUUAGGUAGAAGAGUUUUGUGCAUUGUUUGUGUCAUUGGGAUACAUAAUCUAUCACUUCAUAAGGUGUCCAAUUUGAAGGAAAUACAUCUCAUUCUCUAUGUCCUGAUGUCUAUAGUGUGCUUCAGUUUUUAAUAUUGAGUUGUGCUCCUAAAUUCUGGAUUCAUGACAAAAAAGGGUUAAGUA